AUGGAACAAAAUCUACCAGUGAUAGCAAAAAGAAUAUGGGAAACAGUACGUGUUAUCUUCUUCAUGCGAAAGGGCAUAUCAAAGAGAAAGCUUCUGGUUGAUCUCAACAUGAUGCUUAAACGCGGCAACAAGAUUGCAACUAAAGCCAUAGGGAACCUCGUGUUCCACCAUGACCACCACCGUGACAUCUCUUUCCCUGCCCCACCCCACGAAUACGAGUUCAGCUGCAGUAAUACCCCCAUGUAUUCACUUCACUUCCAUGUUAACAAGCGCCGCCACCAUAAUAACUUCUUCUCAUGUGCAUUCCACGCGCCACCAACUCUUGAUGACGAUGUCCCAACCAUGAACGCUGUGAAGCUAGCUUUGGAGAUGCUAAACAACAACAACAAUGAGGUGAUGGUGGAGGCAUCUCCUAUGUUGCCGGGGUUUGGCCGGAGCCCAAUGGUGAGGCAGCUGAGGAUAACGGACUCACCGUUCCCAUUAAGAGAUGUUAAUGAUGACAAUGGUAUUGUGGACAAGAAAGCCGAGGAGUUUAUAGAGAGGUUCUACAAAGAACUGAGGCAACAGCAGCAAUGGCAGUGA